AUGGCCAUGGAACCGGAUGAAUCUUGGCCUCCGCCAGAGGCUGAACGCGCCAGGGAAAUCUACGACGACUUGGGAAAUCUCACUUUUCCCAUCAGCAACGGAUCGCUGGCGCAACAGUAUUUCGAUCAAGGCUUCCGGUUGCUGAGUGCCUUCGACUUCCGCCGUGCUGUGCUCGCCUUCCGCGCAGCCUCUGCCGCCGAGGCGGAGGGCUGCGUGCUGUGCCAGUGGGGCGAAGCUAUGGCGCUAGGGCCCAACCUCAACAGCUUUGAUGAACCCAGGUUGCUGGCCAGCAUUCCUUCAGCAUUUCAGAAGGCGCAAGCUGCCCUUCACCUUCUGGAGCGUUUGGAGGCGACUCCGAUGCGUCCGAGUUCGAUCGAGCGUGGCUUAGUCUAUGCCCUGAAGCAUCGCUAUGUGCCCACAGCUGCUGAGUAUGUGAUGAAUGAAUCCCAGCUCACUCACAGCUAUGCCAUGGAGAUGGAUCGGCUACUGGCAGAUGUGAAGACCACGGAUGCCAACUAUGCGAAUGUGGCAGCCCUUACAGCAGAUGCUUUGAUGAACACCUGCCCUUGGGACUACUGGGUGCCAGGGGUGCCUGAUCCAGGAGCUAACGGAAGCACCCAGUUGCAGCUGCGUCCCGCGGCAAAGAAGGCCAUGAAGAUCUUGAAGUCGGCCCUGACCUUGAGCCCCAGCCACCCUUUCUGCAUCCAUCUCUUGGUUCACAUCACCGAAGCCUCUCAGGAUCCUCACCUCUUGCGGCAGGUGAGGCCCAUGGCGAAAAGCCUGCCGCAGCUGAUGCCGGGGGCACCGCAUUUGAUCCACAUGAGCUUUCACACCUUGAUGCACACGGGGGAUUUCCAUGUAGCGGAUCAGGACAACACCUGGGCAACUCUGAUGCCGAGGCAGAUUUAUCCCAUGCACAACUUGGACACCCUCUCCUGGGUCUGUCGCAUCCAGGGUCGUUCUUUGUGCUCCCUGGAUGCUGCCAAAUCGCUGGAACAUCGGGCCUUGAGCCUGGUCGGAAGUGGAACUUUCGAAACGGGUUUCCCACCCGCGCGCUUCGCCGCGGUCUGGCCUUUGACACUCUUAGCCUUCGGCCGGUACCAGCAGAUCUUGGACGCGGAGCCACCCAAGCAGUGCCAAGUGGAGCCGUUUCUGGCAGGCAUUUGGCACUUUGCCGCCGGCGCAGCGGCGGCCCAUCUGGGCCAACAAAGGGCCAAUGAGGAACUUCAUCGCCUUCGAAGAAAGAGGGAAGAAGUGGUGGAAGAAAUGCAGCAGCCAGCUGGAUUGGCAUGGAAAAACUUCCACGGCUCAAAGGCCUGGGCCGUGUACCCUGCCGCGCAGCUUCUGUCACUGGCGGAGCAGGAACUUCUGGGGCAGCUGGGGGACCUCAACGCCUGGCGUAGGGCGGCAACGAUGGAGGCCGCAUUACCAUACGAUGAGCCUCCAUCAUGGUACUUGCCAGUGGCAAAUCGUCUUGGUGAAGCAUUGGCUCAAGCCGGUGAGCUGGAGGCGGCUGCAGAAGUUUAUCGCGACUCCUUGAGUCGCUUGCCAAAGAAUGGCUGGGCCAUGCUGGGUCUAUGGCAGCUUUGCCUUCGGAGAUGGGGACAUGAGAAUUCCACGUGCCACGAGCUGCAGCGUUGCCUUGAAGAAUUCUGCGGAAGUUCAGGGUCCACCGCAUCCAACUUCAUCUUCCCCAUCUUUUCUCUGGUUUUCCCGGAACCCAUCGACCCAAGCCAUGCUCCCCUGGCUUUUCGUUGCUUCCUCUCUGGCGUUUCUGGUGCCGAUGCUUCCAAUCCUCCGGCGGUCGAGAUCCUGUGGUUGUUACCAUCGCUUGGAGGGAUGAGCGCGAAGUUGGAGAUGGCCGAGUUGUUGGAGAGACACCGUGUUGGGAAGUUGAUCAUGAAACUUCGGACCGGAGUUACUCCGGAGUUGGCUUUGAGAAGCGCGUUGAAGAAAAAAGGUUUGAAAACGGACCUGGAGUCCAAAUUUUCGGUGAUUUUCCACAACUACGGGCAAGAGUUGGAAGUGCUCAAGGAGCUCUAUGAGAAGAAUCGUGGCUCACCACAGUUUGUCCGGAACAUGCCCCCCGUGGCGGGCAACAUCAUGUGGUCGCGACAAUUGCUCCACCGCAUCAUGGAGCCCAUGCGGCGCUUCCACCGGGAACCCUUGGUCAUUGCUGGUGGUAAAGAAGUGAAACGCAUCACCAAGAUGUACAACAAGAUGGCGAAGACGUUGGUGGAAUUUGAGAUUGUGUGGCAUCAGGCCUGGAUGAGCUCCGUUGAGAACACCAAGGCCAGUUUGAAUGCGACGCUGAUCAUCAAGCACCCGGAGGAUCAGAAAUACCAUGUGAAUUUCGACAGCGAGAUCUUGCAGCUCAUCCGAGAGACCAAGACCAUCGACCGCAUGGGAUAUGUUGACAUCCCGGAGAGUGCGCGCAUGAUCCUUUUGCAAGAGAAGAAGUCCGGAACCCGGAGAGACAGCAAUCAACGGUGGCAGCUUCAGCUGCAACCGGCACCCGGGUGUCCGGAUCCCGUGGAACCUCCAAUGGGCGACGACGGGAUCAUCGACAUCGAUUCCGAAGAUGAAGAGCACCGCUGUGAAGCGGAGGCUGCUGCCGCAGCAGCUGCUUUGGCGGUGGAAGUGCCGCAAACCAGCGUCAUGUGCCAGCUCACUUUGCCCCCCAGCCGUGGCAUUGCACUGCCACAGGUGGUAGGGCAGGUGCAGGUGUGGCGCCAGGAGGAUUCACUUCAUUGUUUGGUCCUAGUGGAUGAGCAGGAGUACACCGAGGACGAGCAUGAGGAUCUCAUUAUACCCAUUGGUGGCAUCAGCGCGGUAGACGUGAAAGUGGAGGGCCCAAGUGUGAUUCUGACCUUGUCGCCCCCCCUUGCACCCACGGGCUUCGCUGUGGAUUUCAUGGCCGAAGGUCAUCGGAUUUCAAUGGUUUCGCUGUCACCUUCACCUCAGGAGUUGCGGUCCCUAUUGGCCACCCUUAUGUCGUGGCUGGGGCAUUUGACAGUGCAUGGUCCGCGCUCUUUAGGCUUGGUGCCACGUCCAGUGAAGGAGCCGUUUGCUUUGCGAUUUCAAGGAACGGUGCUGGAAGAAAGGGAUGUGGAUUUGUUGGAGGAUGAACAGUGGUUCAAUGAUACCAUCAUGGACUUUUUCCUGCGUUUAGCAAUCGAAGUGGCAGCGCCAGCAAAGUUGCAAGAAGAAGUUUACGUGGCGAAGACGCAAUUCUUCACACGUCUCACAGCCUCUGGCGCUUCCAGUGGUGAGAAAGGUUGGGAAAACGUAAAGACCUGGACAAGGACGGUCACUGGGGGAGUUGCCUCUCAACGGGUGUUGGUCUACCCCGUCAACGAGGCAAAUCUCCACUGGUGUGUGUUCUUCGUAUGCCAUCCCUAUAUGGUCAUGGGAAACGAGGUGCCCCAGCAUCAGGAGGACACUCCUCGCAUCGUUUGCCUCGACUCGGCUUGGGAGCCAGUGCCCAAAGAUGAUCACAUCAAGUUGCUGAAGGGCUAUCUUCGCCGUGAGCUCUACAACAACAGCUGCAACGGUGCUGAAUAUAGUCCCGCCAAUAUCGCCCGAUGGAAACGAGCAGUCUCGGGGCUGGAAAACAUGCAGGCCAUUGACGGAGACGUUCCAAAGCAACAGAAUGUCUACGACUGUGGCCUCUAUGUCUUGGAGUUCCUACUCUUUUUACUUCGCCAACCUGAUCAGCUUUCCACGCUGGGUCUAACGUCGCAUCAGUCCUGGUUUGAUCAGUCCAUCAUCACACAUCGUCGCGUGCAAAUGCGGCAGCUUGUCUCCCGCUUGCUGGAUGAGGGACGGAGCACGGGCCAGACGGACGUCUCGAUCCUACUGCGGGAUCAAGCUUUGCGAGCGGCAGUGCGGGAGGCUUUGACCAGUGAACCUCCGGCGACGGAGUCGGCGCCAGCCUGGGAGGACAAUGUGCCCUGGCAUCCUCCGAAACCCAAGGCGCGCCCCGUGGGGCCGCAGCCGCCCGCCGUGCCGGUGCCGCCGGUGCCGCCGGUGGCGCAGGUGGCGCCGGCGCAGCACUGGUGGGAUUGGAACGCCUGGGACGAACAUGUGCCCGCUUUGGAAGCUAAAGCUGCUGUGGCUGAGCUGAUGAGCCAUGACUGGAAACUGCGAUUACCACAGAAAAAUGUGAUGAGUAUUGCAGGAGGCGUAUCCGUAUCGGAUCGGGACCGGCAUAACUCGAAGUCAACGGGAACGUUCCCGCCUUACGGAGAGAUCGACAUCAACAUCCAGGGACCUCCAGGGACAUCCAGGGAGCCGCGGGAUGUGGUGAGGUUGGUGAAGUCGACGGUGAUUCGUCGACGCUUUCAAUUGAUAGGAAUGUAG